CCAGCCGCCGCCUGUGCCCCCGCCUACCCCGCCGCCCGCGUGUGCGCCCCAGCCUGGACGCCGUCCCCGGCCCGGUCUCCACUUCUCUGCCGCUCCGCCCAUGACAGCGCCCGGUCGAAGAUGGCUGCGAAGGGCGCGCACGGCGCCCACCUGAAGGUGGAGGGCGAACUGGAGCGCUGCCGCGCGGAGGGCCACUGGGACCGCGUGCCUGAGCUGGUCCAGCAGCUGCAGACGCUGGUCCUGACCGGCGGCGGAGGCAGCCGGCGAGGCAGCCCCAGCGCCAGGUGCAUUGCUCAGGAUAGCGAUGACUUUGGGAAAUUGCUCCUGGCUGAGGCCCUCCUAGAGCAGUGUUUGAAGGAGAACCAUGCCAAGGUAAAAGACUCCAUCCCUUUGCUGGAGAAGAAUGAGCCGAGGAUGAAUGAAGCCAAGAAUUUUCUGAGUAGUAUCCUUAGCCACGGGAACCUGUUGCCACAGUACCUGUGUGAAGCCAUGUUGAUCCUGGGCAAGCUGCACUACAUGGAAGGCUCGUACCGGGACGCCAUCAGCAUGUAUGCACGGGCCGGGAUCGACGACAUGUCGGUGGAGAACAAGCCCCUCUACCAGAUGCGGCUGCUGUCAGAGGCCUUUGUCAUCAAAGGCCUCUCCCUGGAACGCCUACCCAACUCCAUCGCUUCCUCCAACCGCCUGACUGAGAGGGAGGAAGAAGUGAUCACCUGCUUUGAGAGGGCCUCUUGGAUCGCUCAGGUGUUUCUGCAGGAAUUGGAGAAGACCGCCAAUAACACCACAUCAAGGCAUCUGAAAGGCUCUCACUCGGUUGACUACGAGCUCACCUACUUCCUGGAAGCUGCCCUCCAGAGUGCUUACGUGACCAACCUGAAGAAGGGAAACAUCGUGAAAGGAAUGAGAGAGCUCCGGGAGGUCCUACGGAUGGUGGAGACCAAAGCAACUCAGAACUUCAAAGUGAUGGCUGCUAAGCACCUGGCGGGGGUCCUGCUUCACUCCCUGAGCGAGGAGUGCUACUGGAACCCCCUGUCCCACCCUCUGCCCGAGUUCAUGAGCAAGGAGGAGAACACCUUCAUCACGCAGGCCCUGCGGAAACCUCAGCUCUACGAAGGAGACAACCUCUAUUGCCCGAAGGACAACAUCGAGGAAGCGCUCCUGCUCCUCCUCAUCAGUGAGUCCAUGGCAACUCGGGAUGUGGUGCUGAGCCGGAUGCCGGAGCAGAAGGAGGACCGGACAGUGAGCCUGCAGAACGCGGCAGCCAUCUACGACCUGCUGAGCAUCACGCUGGGCAGGAGGGGCCAGUACAUCAUGCUGUCAGAGUGCCUGGAGCGAGCCAUGAACUUUGCAUUUGGAGAGUUUCACCUUUGGUACCAAGUGGCCCUCUCCAUGGUGGCUUGCGGGAAGUCAGCCUAUGCCGUGUCACUGCUUCGAGAGUGCGUGAAGCUGCGGCCCUCGGACCCUACCGUGCCCCUGAUGGCCGCCAAGGUCUGCAUCGGGUCUCUGCACUGGCUGGAGGAGGCUGAGCACUUUGCCAACAUGGUGAUCGGCCUCGGUGAGGAUGCUGGGGAGUUCCUCCCCAAGGGCUACCUGGCGCUGGGUCUCACCUACAGCCUGCAGGCCACCGACGCAACCCUGAAAUCCAAGCAAGAUGAAUUGCACAGGAAAGCGCUGCAGACGCUAGAGAGAGCCCAGCAGCUGGCGCCUGACGACCCCCAGGUCACCCUUUACAUCUCCCUGCAGCUGGCCCUCGUCCGACAGAUCCCUAGCGCCAUGGAGCAGCUGCAGGAGACCCUCAAAGUGUGCCGGGAUGAUGCCAGCGCCCUCCACCUGCUGGCACUCCUCUUCUCGGCCCAGAAACACUACCAGCAUGCCCUGGACGUCAUCAACAUGGCCAUCACUGAGUACCCCGAGAACUUCAACCUGAUGUUCACCAAGGUGAAGCUGGAGCAGGUGCUGAAAGGCCCGGAGGAAGCCCUCGUGACCUGCAGACAAAUGCUACGGCUGUGGCAGAGUCUCUACAGCUUCUCCCAGCUGGGCGGCCUGGAGAAGGACAGCAGCUUUGGCGAGGGCCUCACCCUGAAGAAGCAGAGUGGCAUGCACCUGACUCUGCCUGACGCCCAUGAGGCUGACUCCGGCUCUCGACGGGCAUCGUCCAUCGCGGCCUCCCGACUGGAGGAGGCCAUGUCGGAGCUGACCAUGCCCAGCUUAGUCCUGAAGCAAGGCCCCAUGCAGCUGUGGACCACGCUGGAACAGAUCUGGCUGCAGGCUGCUGAGCUGUUCAUGGACCAGCAGCACCUCAAGGAAGCAGGCUUCUGCAUCCAGGAGGCGGCGGGCCUCUUCCCCACCUCACACUCGGUGCUCUACAUGCGGGGCCGCUUGGCCGAGUUGAAGGGCAGUUUGGAGGAGGCCGAGCAACUGUACAAGGAGGCACUCACGGUGAACCCCGACGGCGUACGCAUCAUGCACAGCCUCGGCCUGAUGCUGAGUCGGCUGGGUCGCAAGAGCCUGGCCCAGAAGGUGCUGCGGGACGCUGUGGAGAGGCAGAGCACCUGCCACGAGGCCUGGCAGGGCCUGGGUGAGGUGCUGCAGGCCCAGGGCCAGAGCGAGGCUGCCGUCGACUGCUUCCUCACCGCCCUCGAGCUGGAGGCCAGCAGCCCCGUCCUGCCCUUCUCCAUCAUCCCCAGAGAGCUCUGACAUCCCGCUGCAGCAAAGGGAGGGAAGGAGCUGCUGGUGCGUGGGCGGGCAGACUGACAGGCGCAGGGAGCACGGUCAGGGGACAGUGGCCCCUCAGGUGGUGGGCCUCAGGGAAAUACAUCUCUAGCAAACACCUGCAGGCUGCAGCCCGGGUUCUCCUGGUCUCCCGUCUCUGCUUUCCUCCAGAGCCAACUGGGCCUGGGAGCCACUCAUCUGGGUGAGGCUGGGUGGAAAGAUUUGCAUCAAAAGCAAAUCCCUUGCUCCUUGGAACUCAGCCAUCCCUGGCGUCUCUGGGCGAGGAAGUGCCCAGGAAGCCACAUCUCCACAGGCCCCUCCCUGCAUGCACACUAAGGGUCUGUGUGCCUUGGGUACCUCCCCCCAACAUCCCUGACACUGGGAUUCCCCAGCUUUGCAGAAGCUUUAGCCUCAAAGCUCAGCUCUCUGCUAUCCAACACCAAAGAUGAACCCCGCAAGCUGCCCUCUGUAUGGGCCAAGAGGAUUUUUCAGGCUCUUCCUGGGUGCCUUGGGAGACGGUCUGGCUUGAACCCUAAAGUGACUUUGUAGAGUUGUGGUGACUGGACUGACUCCACCAGAACCAGGAGCUCAAGCAGGGGAGCCUCAUGGCUGUGCUCGGUCCCCGCGCCACGCCUCCAAACCUUGGGGUCUAUGAGCCCACAGAGUGGCUGUCCCUUCCCAGCCUCAGGAUAGUGGCAGGGUUUUUAUUGCUCUCAGGUCUUGCCCAGGGUGCUGAGAGCUUGAGGAAUGUGGGGCAAGGGGGAGGAGGAUGCACUCUUUGGGUACCUGUCCCCGACUCUCAGUUACUGGAUGAUGUCCAGAGAUACCCCCUUUGCCCCAUGAGGCCAGUUGGGCCUCAGUGUGUUCUUUCUCCUACCAAGUGCCUUUGGGGUCUUGUGUCUGGCCAGGGGCACCAAGCGCUGACCCUAACUAACCCUUCCAUUUCAUCUACCCCCAGCUCCCCAGCCCAAGCUGCCCCCUCAGGCCUUAGGCCAGUGGCCCCUCAAGGAGUAAUGUCUGUGGAGGUGACAGUCGUUAAGACUCUCCUGGCUACAUCCCACCACCCACAGCCCAUUUAUUACCUCAGGCUUAAUUGGGUGACCUGGUCUCACCCUGGCCAUUGGGUUCCCCUGCCUGGGGCCUCACAGGAUCCAGGGUUAGAGACCCAUGGAGGGAACAGCACCCCAGCCCCUGCUCUCUGGGGUUGAGCAGGUACCUGUGCUUCAGAGAGACCCCUGUCUGCAGGGCUAGGAGGGCUGGCGGGCAGGUAUCGGCCCUGCUGGGUGGUGCCCUGGAGGCCUAUCGGGGAAUUCUUUUUUUAUCUGCAUUUUGGGGUUUUUUUGGGUUUUAGUUUUAAAAGCUCAUCAGAUACAGCGUCUUGUUUUAAGAUCCAGGGAAAGGUUGGGUGGGGGCUGCCUGGUUUGUCAGAGCCCCGUCUAUUUCUCAGAAGGAAAGCACUGGCGGAGACCCACCCUCCGGGCCUCACCAGCCCAGCACUGCGCAGCGAGGUACAUCUGAGCAGAGCCCGCACCUCCUCGCCUGCUCAGGCCCAGUGAGGCGCCGCGCGGGACACUGGGCAUUCCCCUCUUGGUUGAAGGCUGUCUGUAUAUCUGUGUGUGUAUAUAAAUAUAUAUAUAUAUAUGAUAGAAAUAUAUUUUUAUUCUGGAAUUCUGUUAGGAAAAACAUAAACAAGGAAAAGCAAAUGCUAUCGAUUUGCCUUGGGGUGCCCAGAAAAGGCACCGACCGAAUGCACUUCAACUCUAAGCGUUCCCACGCGGGAAGCCAUAGAGGGCCCAGCCAAGUUGCUGACAGUGUCUUUGCAGGUUGAAUAAAAAGACCCUUGAAAGGGAAGCAGGUCCUGAUGUCUGUGUAUUCA